UGGUAUCAAAAUGGCUGCAAUGUUGAAAAACGUGCGGCUUGCCGUCUCAUUGAACCGACUUUGCUUCAGAAGUCAGAUAUGUAAACUAACGACCGCAGCAUUUUCACACAAAUGUCAUCGAAGAUUAUCACCAAAUUUCAAUAACCAGACUAUCUUGUCUAACAAGGUGAAUAGUAUCCCUUUGGUCAGGACAUAUGGCAAGGUUGGCCCUCCCCUUACAUUGAACCUCAUCGAGGAAAGAAUAUUACUCACUCUCAAGCUCUAUGAUAAAAUUAAUCCAGAAAAGCUUGAACUCAGUUCGCAUUUUAUGAAUGAUCUUGGACUUGACAGUUUGGACCACGUGGAGAUCAUUAUGGCUAUUGAAGAUGAAUUUGGUUUUGAAAUUCCUGAUGUUGACUCUGAAAGACUGCUUACUCCACAAGACCUUAUUCGUUAUGUAGCAGAUAAGGAAGAUGUUUAUGAUUGAAUAAUUUUUUUUCUAGACACAGCAACUUAUACAGCACAAUAGUGUACCAUGAGAACAAUUAAGACAAGAGACUUAUGCACUAGACUGAUGAUAACAGUUCUGUUUGCGAUGGAUUGGUGUGAAUUUUAUAAAUCGCAGUAAAAAGACUCAUAAUUGAUUUUGAAAGAUGAAUCUGCUUCUGAACUGGAUGAAUGACAGAAUAAACGUGGGUCUAAGGAACUUUUCACUAUUGUUUGUAAUGAAUGCGAAAGUGUAAUUAUGUAUUAAAUCUUUUAAGAGUAGGAA